CCUCAGUUCCCAAGUCCCUCCAUAUUGAAGGAUUUAAAAUAUCUUCUUCUUUUUCAAAUAAAUCUCCUGCAAGAUUUGUUGCAACAUUCAAUUUCAAUUACCUAUAAUAAUUUUUAUACUACUAAUAACUCUGAGAAAACCUGUUAUAGCAUAGCAGGUAGAUUUUUUAGACACAGUCCUUUGAGCUAGUACUGUGACAUCUUCAGAUGUAUGUCCUGGAGUAGCUAUGACUUUAACUUCUGGGCAAAUUUCAUAUGCAGAAUCUGCAAAAUAAUUAUAAUCUUCUGUAUUAUUUACAUAAUAAAAGUUAAUUAUAAUCGUAUCAGUGCAUGUGGUAGAGACUACCAUUUUCAAAUUUUGGUCCAAAGAACAUUUCUCCUCUGUGGACACAAGUUCCAAUUAUAUGCUCAGCAUUUAGAAAGAGAUUAUUGUUGCCUAUGUGAUCUGCAUGACUAUGAGUACAAACGACGUAAUCAAUUUCAUCAGGAGUAAUAUUAUGUCGAUUAAGAGCUGAAAUGACUAUAUUGUUAAAUGACUAUAUUAAAAAUGUUUUAAAAAUCAUACCUUGUAUUAUUUUGUCUUUAUCCCAAGCUGUCAUUGUAUCAACGAUCACAUUCUUCGAUGCUUUUAUUAAUGUGCAAGAACAAUUUGCUUUCAUUAUCUCAUUUUCAAGUUUUUCAGAGUAACCAUCAAACAACACAAUAACUUCACACAUUUUUGCAAUUCAAAAUACAAAUAACCAACCUUAUUUUAAGAGGUUACAGUAUCAAUAUUUACAUGUAGGGGGUCCAAACAUUUUCAUCUUAUUGUUGAGAAUAAUUCAAAGUUUAAGGAGAUACAACAUAUAAAAUGAAAUUGUAUUGCCUAUCAAGUGAACCAACAAAACCAUGUUUGGUAUUAAGUUUUAAAGGAAUUACACUAAUGUUAGACUGCGGCUUAAACAUGCAGUCUGUAUUACAUUUUAUGCCAAUGUCUUUGGUUCCUAGUUCAAAAUUCAAUUCAUUAUCAUUCUGGCUUCCUCGUGAUAAUCAUCAAGAUUGGCAAAUAGAAGGGGAGUUAAAAGAAUGUUGUGGCAGAGUAUUUGUAGAUUCAACCCCAGAAUUUUCUCCACCACUGGAGAAAAUCAUAGAUUUUUCAGAAAUUGAUGCUAUCUUGAUAUCAAAUUAUACUUGUAUGUUGGCUCUACCAUUUAUAAUACAAGAUACUGGUUUUAAAGGCAUUGUGUAUGCCACA